AUGACACCGAAAUUCUUGAUGACUGCGGUUAUUCUGAGUUUCAACUGCGUAAUUUUGAUGGUCAAAUUUGGGUAUUUCCAGUUUUACGGACCGCACCAAACAUUGACGCGCUUGCUACCGCAACUGAAUGCUUCAUCUAGUCCCAGGAUUGGAAAAUGCACCAUACUUUACAACAGAGAUAGCGCAAGUUACGACAAAGCACUCAGAAAGCAUGCAGACCAUUGCAACCUGCACGGAUAUGCCUUUCACCUCUUACACCACACAAUGUUAGAUGACGUCUGGACGAAGCCCGCUUAUGUCCUGUCCCUACUUUUAUCAGAACUGGAGAAGCCAGCGGACGAUAGGCUAGAAUGGCUGAUGUGGGUUGAUGCGGAUACAGUGGUCAUGAAUACCCUUGUACCACUAUCAAUAUUCCUACCUCCAGCCGAAGAAGAGGAAAUCAAUUUUCUCGUGACGAGUGACUUCAAUGGUCUGAACAACGGAGUGUUCUUCACAAGAGUCUCCGUGUUAAGCGUCGAACUGUUUUCUGCGAUCGUCUCUUAUCGGUAUUACUAUCCGCACGAAGAUCUUAUCUUCCGCGAUCAGUCCGCUAUGGGAAAAAUUCUUAACGAGCCUGAAUUCUCCAGCAAGACAAAAUUUGUCCCUCAGCACUGGUUCAAUGCAUACAGCACUCCCACACCCGAACACUCCAACGAUGAUGGCAAAAUUCGAUAUGGUGGAUUUCUGGUUCAUUUUGCAGGCACUGACAACCGAGAAAACAAGAUGGAGCAGUGGCUCGCCCGUGCGGAUGAAGAGUCUGAGCAAUGGAUGUUACCUAUGAAUAACACUUUCUAUGAAGACGAGAUUCCGCGUUUCUGGACAUCACAACAGAGCUACGUGUAG